AUGUCGUCCCCAGCCUUCAUCCUGACCAAGUCACCUGUCAAUCUCGAUGAUAUUCCACUUGGCAGCUUCGUCCCCGACCGAAGCACGCCGUCAACCGACCUUCUAAAGCCAGGUAACAGAGUCACAGCAGAACACCGGCGCGCAUCAUACGACGCUAAUCUCGAUAUUUCAUUCAACAAUAAAUCAGAGUCAUGGUUCCAGAUACUACUCACGGAGAUUCUGAAAGUCACCUUCAAGGUGGAGCGUAGUAAACAAUUCCGUGCUACUGCUGAAGGAGGCUACAUCUACAUGUUACACCAGCCGAUUGAGAUCUUUGAGACUCUCGUCGCCGAUGGAAAUAACGCAAAGCUUUACCGCGAGAACCGCAAAGGAGGCAGGUCUUCCGCCCAGGCACAACCACACAUCGUCCCUCCUACCGGCGUUGUGGCUGGUGGUCCGAAUGUUGGUGUUGCAGGGGGACAUGAGCACAUGCAAGAGGUCCACGGGGACGUUAAGACAUGCGGCGAACGCAUCUACGCGAUCUGUUAUCGCAAGGUUCAAAUCAAGACUCCUAUAAGCUUCUGCGGCUUUGGUGGCGGAGAUGCAAAAGUGACACUUCGGGCGGGAGAUAAAUGGAAGGUAUCCGACAGGAGCCUUGAGCCACCGUCAGGCAAGAUCAGGAGCCGUGGGUUAGCGUCAGACGAGAUCAUUGAGGCCACUAUGGAAGACACAGACGAUAUCAAAGAUUGUGUACAUGCUGGACAUGGCUUUAUGAUUCCGCGGGAAUUUUCGGAUCUACAGAGAUCAAUGCUAAAAAAGAAUGGGCCAAAAGUCGCAGGUCUCCCAUUCAGAGGCGCUAGUUCCCCACCAAGAAGGGCAAGUCUGUUGUCAAGAGAUGCAAGGCCUCCAGAGUUUACUUACUCAGCAAGGAGUACGAGUUUCUCGCAGAAGGAUGUAAGCGCCCUAGCAAGGGCCGCGUGUCUCCUAGUGAGAGGUGCUAGUUCCUUACCAAAAGGGGCAAAUCUCUCGUCCAGAGAUGUAAGGCCCUUACCAAGAGACACAGUAAGAGGAGUUGAUUGUUCAGCAAGCGGUGCGAGUUCCGCAUUGAUGGAUGCAAGCACCUUAACAAGGCGCGCAAGUCUUUCAGUCCGUGGUGCAGCCCUCCCAACUAAGCCUGGAGCCCCCAAACCUCGCCGUUUUGUCUAA